AUUGCUUGUUGUGAGUUCUGACCUAACCAUCAUGCUUUCAGUGCAAGCAGUUAGUUUGCCAAAAAAAAAGUAGCUGUAGUACAGAUAGAGGGUGAAUGAAAAGAUUGUACACAACUAUUGCAACAGUAUCUGUCAAACAGUGUUCAGGAACCAAUAAUAUAGGAUUGCUUCUUGUGGCCUAACCUAAAUAUACCUUUUUUUUUGCGGGAAAACCUAAAUAUACCUAACCACCAUUCUAGAGCCCCAAACUGUGGGCUUUCCUGAUUCGACUCAACCACAAUCCUAACAAGAUUCAUGACUUUGUUAUUAAUGUGAGAUCGCUUUCAACACCCCACCUGCCGAAUAGUCAAAUGGGCACCUGUGCUGUGUCAGGCAUGCUUGCAAAUGGAGGAAAGCUUGUCAUGGAAACCUCAUGCCCUGUACUGUGAUUCUUGUUGUCUCUUUUGGAAAAAGAGUAGGAGUACACACAGCAGCAGGCAUAUAUGGUGUGAAACUAGAUAUCAAGUCACCAAGGCAAGUAGAGGAAAAGAUGACGGGAGCAUGCAUUCCCUUGCCUUGCCCUGGGAUAUGUAGCACCACUAUGAUAUAUGAAUGGGCCAGCCAGGUAGGAAAGAAAGAAAGAAGAGAUAACCAAAUAAAGAUAGAGAUCCACUAACUCCAGACGAAGUUCUCUUUACCUCCUGAUUCCUCACAAAGACCCCCCACAAGCCUCAAUUAUUAGCCAGAAAAAAAUUCCAUGCACCUCCCAACCUCGUCCCCCUUUAUAAGGCAAACUGCGAACUGGAAGAGAUGCACCACCCACCCAUGAGCCGCAAGCAGGCCUAGAGGGAGAAGCAGGAGACAGUUUCAUGAUAGGAUAUGGAGCGAGCAGACGAAGCAUCAUCGGUGAACAAGGGGAGCCCAGAGCGGCUUACCAUCGACCAGGACGACGGCGCGUCGUGGCUGAGCCUCACGGUCGGCGCAAAUGGGUCGGCCGAGGCGGCGGCAAACUGCUCCGAGCCUGAGCCUGACCCUGAGCCCAAGCCUUCUGCUGCCCCACACAAGGUUUUCUCAUGCAACUUCUGCAUGAGGAAGUUCUUCAGCUCACAGGCGCUGGGCGGCCACCAGAACGCCCACAAGAGGGAGCGCAGCGCAGCCAAGCGCUCCUACCAUGCGCAGAGGAUGGUGAUGGGGCUGCCUCUCGAGGCGCACGCCGCCUUUGUGCAGUCCCUGCGAGUUAGCCAGAGCUCAGUGAUUCAGAAGUCCAGCCAGCCAACACAAAUCAGGACAGCACCAAGGUUUCAUGAAGAUGGGAUGACCUGGGCAACAAUUCCCUGCGAAGAGGUGCUGAACUCAACAUGGCCAGGAAGCUUCAGAGCGAGGACCCAACCUUCAGACCAACAACCAUCAGAACAAAGUAAGAUAGACUUGAAUCUCAGGCUUUGAUAGGUUGAUGUAUCAACUUUGAACAGUACAAAAGUCCUCAUCAAGUUUGUCCUUCUGAAUAAAUUGGCAUGAAGUGACCAGUUAAGCUCAGCUCACCAUCAGAAUCAAAGAUGGUACUGAACUCUGAAGAUGAUGUUGUUCCUUUUGAAUUCGUGGCGAUGCUGCUGCAAUAUUUAUGUAGCCAGAUAGUUAAUAUGAUCAUGUGUAGUCUAGUUGACAUCGGUGUGAAGGAACCCAGGGAUUUUUUGUACUUACUAGAAGCAGCAUAUAUAAUGUCUCUGUCAGUCAUCCUCAUAUUAAAGGUUCUGCAAGUUCUUGUUUUCAUUAA